AUGCAACCUGUAAAAAGGAGUCUGAAUAAAGGAGCUUCUUCUUCUCAGCAGUCUGAAUUUGUACCAUCUCUAAAUCCAGGACUACACAGGCAACUCUAUUUUCUACAAAGACCUUCCAAUGUUGUGGCAAUUGAAGGAAAAGAUGCUGUUCUGGAAUGUUGUGUUUCUGGUUAUCCUCCUCCAUAUUUUACCUGGAUUCGUGGAGAGGAGGUCAUCCAACUCAGGUCCAAAAAGUAUUCUUUAUUGGGUGGGAGCAACUUGCUUAUCUCCAAUGUGACAGAUGACGACAGUGGAACAUAUACCUGUGUUGUCACAUAUAAAAAUGAGAAUAUCAGUGCCUCUGCAGAACUGACAGUAUUGGUUCCGCCCUGGUUUUUAAAUCACCCUUCCAACCUCUAUGCCUAUGAAAGCAUGGAUAUUGAGUUUGAAUGUGCAGUCUCUGGAAAGCCUGUCCCUACUGUGAAUUGGAUGAAGAAUGGAGAUGUGGUCAUUCCUAGUGAAUAUUUUCAGAUAGUGGGAGGAAGCAACUUACGAAUCCUUGGUGUGGUGAAGUCUGAUGAAGGCUUUUAUCAGUGUGUGGCUGAAAAUGAAGCUGGAAAUGCCCAGACCAGUGCUCAACUCAUUGUCCCCAAGCCUGCUUUUCCUAGCUCCAGUGUUCUUCCAUCUGCACCCAGAGAUGUAGUCCCUGUAUUGGUUUCCAGUCGGUUCAUUCGUCUCAGUUGGCGCCCACCUGCAGAAGCAAAAGGGAAUAUUCAAACCUUCACUGUCUUUUUCUCGAGAGAAGGGGACAACAGGGAACGAGCAUUGAAUACGUCCCAGCCCGGGUCCCUUCAACUAACUGUGGGAAACUUGAAGCCAGAAGCCAUGUAUACCUUCCGAGUUGUGGCCUACAAUGAGUGGGGACCUGGAGAGAGUUCACAACCGAUCAAAGUGGCUACUCAGCCUGAAUUGCAAGUUCCAGGGCCAGUUGAAAACCUACAAGCUGUAUCUACCUCACCUACCUCAAUUCUUAUUACAUGGGAAGCUCCUGCCUAUGCAAAUGGUCCAGUCCAAGGUUACAGAUUGUUUUGUACUGAGGUGUCCACAGGAAAGGAACAGAAUAUAGAGGUUGAUGGACUGUCUUAUAAACUGGAAGGCCUGAAAAAAUUCACUGAAUAUAGUCUCCGAUUCCUCGCAUAUAAUCGCUAUGGGCCUGGUGUAUCUACUGAUGAUAUAACUGUAGUUACACUUUCUGAUGUUUGUAAUUCUUCGCCUGAUCCUUCUUUCCUUAAUCUAAGUGGGUAUUCCACACAACAUCAGUGGAAUGAGAAAGGACACGUCUACUAUAACAGACAGGACAAGGAAGACGCAGGAAGAGUGCUCAUUUGCAAUUUUGAACUUUGA